AGAGCAGCUUGCGUUCCCAGGCCGCGGCAACAUGGCAACGCCUCGUGCGCCGACCUCUGUCCCGCUCCAGGGAUCAGCCGGUGGUAUAAAGGCCAACCAAGUCAUCGUACCUACAACAAAGCUGUCCACUCCCACACUCCCACCACCAGACACAUUCGACUUUCUCCCGCCUUUGUAUGGCCUGUUGCGUCGCUUGCAGCAGCCCUCGGGUAUAGAGGCCCCCGUCGGCGCUCAAGACGGAAACAGCGCUGCACUUCCAGAAGGCUCACCGUCUCAGCAACUGGAGCGAACCGUGAGUGGCGGAAGCGGGAAGCUGGAGCUCAGCCAUCUGGACGCGGCUGCCAGCGCGAUUCGGCUAAAGAUUCAGAAGGCCAGGCAGCUCGUUGCCAACAUGCCGGACAUUGAAAGGACGGUGGAAGAGCAGGAGGAAGAGCUAGCAGAGCUCGAAAGCCGCGUGACGAGGCAGAGAGCGAUGCUAGCCAAGCUGGGAGUCAAUCUGGAGGCUUCGACGUCUGCAAGUGACAUAACGUGAUGCGCUGGUGGACUACCUUGUUUCUCAUUCCAAAGUCGUCUGCAAGAUAGAAAGAGUCUUGCUGCGAAGCCCUAGGACACCGCGCAGUCCUCGGUGCGAUGAAUGGUGGCAACAGGGGGGCUAAGGAAGACAGAGCCCGUACCUUUUCUCAGUCAUGCUGCCACUGCGAGAAAAAAACACACUUUCUUCAGCAUCGUGUCCACCGUAGGAACGGUCAUGCAAAGGAUGACGCUCCUAGGAUCUCCUUUUGAAAUGUGAGCUCCAAGCUCACUCACUAUUCUCAAGGGCGCAGCCUGCGUAACGAGCUUGUCGCUUAAUCAAUGUCGGUUGUUGGUGUUGGAAGCAUCUACGCUCCAGAAAGGAAAUCAGGUUGGACAUUCAUGACGCUUUCAAAAUAUCUAUCUCAAUGCGGUACACAUUUUGUCUAGGUUCACUACCAGCGAUUCGGUUACAUUGCAUCUUUAUCCUUUGCUCCAAUGACGAAAUGAAGCCAAUGACACACAAUCUGCUCAGAGAAUUCCUAAUUUUUUUUUUCUUCCGUUUGCGCAAAGAAGAUGCAAU